UGUGUUGGAAACAUUUGAAUAUGUUGUUGCUGUAUCCUGUCCCUGCCGGCCUGUCCUGGGGGAGACACAGCCAGGGAAUCACCGAUUCUAGAUUUUAGUAAAUUGGCAUAUCGUUCUUAAAAAUCUCCAUCGUUUGCAGCAGCAGUGAGUGAAGCUCUGGGGUCAAUGAGGGUUUGUACACAGCUUCCCAAAGUCUCACUUCGGUUCUGUAGUUCCUGAGACUGGAGGAACCCGGAGUCUCAGAGAGACCCUGGGAUCUUUCACUGGUCACAGAGCAGAUCACUCCUGCGCGCUCUACUCUGGGUUACUGCAAACCCGAACCACCACACACAGCAAUGAAAUGGUAACCGCCUGACUCUGAAUUCUGAGUGUUACCUGUACUGUCUGACGGUGAAAGGUUGCCCCGGGUCUUGAGGAAACCCUGGGAUCCGUGCAGACAGAACUCUCUCCACUGCCCCUUCAUCAAAGCUGUGGUUCUUCCGGACUGGAGUAGUGUCAGCCAUUGUGUAGAGAAGAAAUUUCAGCAACUCAUCUGUUUUUUUUCCCCAAAGAUCCCACUAGAGGGAACUCUUUAAGGUAUGAAGUGAGAAACCUCUUACAGAGAAAAACAUGAGAUCUAGGACCAGGAGUAGACAAAGGUAAAAACAAUGACUGCAGAUGCUGGAAACCAGAUUCUGGAUCAGUGGUGCUGGAAGAGCACAGCAGUUCAGGCAGCAUCCAACGAGCAGCGAAAUCGACGUUUCGGGCAAAAGCCAGGAGUAGACCAUUCAGUCCCACCCAUUCCAAAGAAGACAGAUCCCUGAUCUCUGGAACCAUUCAAGUGAACAUCCUCUCAACUGCCUCCAGUAAGGGGACUGCAAUUGCACAUAAUACUCCAGUCGGCUGAUGGCUCUCAAACGGAUGGGAAUUGUUGCAGAUUAUGAGAAAAUUCGGGAGUUUGCAGUGGCAGUAGUGGGUGUCGGUGGGGUUGGAAGUGUGACAGCUGAAAUGUUGACAAGAUGUGGCAUUGGUAAGCUCUUAAUCUUUGACUAUGACAAGGUCGAACUGGCAAAUAUGAACAGACUUUUCUUUCAGCCUCAUCAAGCCGGCCUCAGUAAAGUGGAAGCAGCUAAACACACACUGAGGAACAUUAACCCUGAUGUUCAGUUUGAAACUCACAACUACAAUGUCACCACAAUGGACAACUUUCAGCAUUUUAUGAAUCGAAUCCGGAACGGUGGGUUGCAGGAAGGACAACCUGUGGACUUGGUACUGAGCUGUGUGGACAACUUUGAGGCCCGAAUGGCAAUCAACACAGCGUGCAAUGAGCUUGAUCAGGUGUGGAUGGAGUCCGGGGUCAGUGAGAAUGCAGUGUCGGGACACAUUCAGUUUCUUAUCCCAGGACAGACGGCCUGUUUUGCAUGUGCUCCCCCACUCAUAGUGGCUGCGAACAUUGAUGAAAAGACGCUAAAACGUGAAGGGGUGUGCGCCGCCAGUUUACCCACCACCAUGGGCGUCGUAGCUGGACUGCUUGUACAAAAUGUCCUGAAGUAUCUUCUAGGCUUUGGCUCUGUGAGUUACUACUUGGGCUAUAAUGCAAUGCAAGACUUCUUUCCAACAAUGGCAAUGAAACCAAAUCCAAACUGUGAUGAUCAAAGCUGCCGGCUCCGACAGGAAGACUACAAGAAGAAAGAAGCAACACAUCCGAAGCAACAAUUAGUUGAAGAGGAUGAAGAGAUUGUACAUGAGGAAAACAGCUGGGGUAUCGAGCUAGUCUCGGAGAUAUCUGAGGAAGAAUUGAAAGCUGCAUCUGGCCCAGUACCUGACCUUCCGGUGGGAAUCACCAUUGCAUACACGGUGCCUGAUAAGCAGGAGGAGGACACAGAUAACAUCGGAGAGACUGUACAAGAGACCGAGCAGAGUCUGGAGGAACUCAUGGCUGCAAUGAAACGCCUUUAACAUCUUCAUCAAUGCAAUCAAGUUGUUACGUGUGAUGGAAGUGAAUCCGACCUUUUUCAACAUGAAGACUGCAGUAGUAGUGGUCGUGCCUCUUAGCCAGGAGGCCCGGGUUCAAGACCCACUUGCUAACAAUCUGUUCGGAAAAUAUCUUAACACAAAGACCUUGUUUGACACAGCUGACCUGUGCAAGUUGUUGUCAUCAAUAACAGUAAAACAUGGUGGUUCCAUUAUA